CCUCAGCUGAUUAAUUUUGAUGUUGUUUUCAGCGAUAAAGUACUAUUAUUAGUAACGAGGGGAAGUGAACAUGUCUUUAUCCCGGAUUCAGAGCCUGAGACUGGCAGCUGUGCUGGAGGACUGUUCAGACCAGUUAGACUUACUGGAGCACACCCUGACAGUGAAGAUCGGCAGGCAGCGAGGCACUGCAGCAGCACAGGAGAAAUCCAGGCUGACCAAUCUGAGGAAAGACUGUCAGUAUGUCUCGCAGCAGGUUUCCAAGCUGCAUUUGGAGCUGCAGGAGAAGCAGAGUCUCAGCUCUCUGCUGCAGGUGGUGAAGAUUGAGGAGCAGAAGAAAGUCGCUGAGAACAUGAGGAGAGAGGCAAAGAGAGAGCUGGAGCAAAGAAAACAAACUCUACGCAGACAGGAAGAGGAGCUCCGACAGAAAACUGAGACACUGAUGGAGAUGAAACGACUGGCCAGACAGCUGAACCAUCAGCUGAGGGAGCAGUCAGAGACGCCCGCUUCUCGUGUAGAGCAAAACAUCGAACUGCAGCUCCAGCAGGCGCAAAGGGAGACCAGCCGGGUUGAGAUGCUGCUGGAGGAGGAGCAGCUGCUGCUGGAGAGACAGCUGAAGGAGGAGAAGAGAGUCCACGAGGAGUCACACAAAUUCCUGCAAAAGCGACUUCAGGAGUUGCAGCAGCAGCUGAAGCACUGGCAGCAGCUCACGAAGCAGAUGCUACAGGAGAAGGAGCAGAAGCUCAACAGUGUGAGCUGCAAACAAACCCUGAAUUUGGACAGACUGAUGGAGAUGAGGAGGAAGUUCAGGGAGAUGGAGCAGGUGGUGAUGGAGGACAGGGAGGAGCAGGAGAAACUGCGUCAACAGCAGGCCGAGGCCAGAGCUGCUACCAAGCUGCAGGCUUGCUGGAGGGGCUGCAUGGUCCGCCGGGGCCUUGGUACUUUUAAAAAAGCAGAGGAAGUCAAGAAAGGCAAAAAGAAGAAGAAGAAGGAGGGGAAAAAGAAGAAAUGA